UUUGUGACACCGAAAGAUCACCGUUUCAGAAAUAUACCACCGAACUGUCCCGGGUUAGAAGAAUAGCAUCGAAAGAUCGCUCCGUUCGUAAAAAUACCAUUCCGUCCACUUCCGUGAGCAUUUUCGGAUUUUUUGUUUUUCUUUAUUCAACCCGGGUAUGAGAAAGGACUGUUUUGCCCCCAAGGCACGAUUGAGGUCUGCCUUAUCUCAUCCCGCUGGCUGGGAUAGCAGGCACUCUCCGCCGCCAGCUCCACCGUGCCUCGCGGCGCCGCUCACUGCUCGACCCUGCUGGGGCUCCCACCACCGCCCCCUGCUGCAGCCGGGUUGGUGGCCGCUGGUCCUCCCCGCUCCUCUCUGUUCCUCCCUGCUGCCUGCCGCUUGCUGGACCAGCUGCCGCCGCCGCUUGCUGGACCUGCUGCCGCCGCCACUUGCUGGACCUGCCGCCGCCGCCGCUUGCUCGACCAAGUGCAGCAGCCGCCCCUUCCCAUGGUUCAUGUUGCUGUGGAUCUGAGGGAUCUUCACUGAGAUGGAUAUUGCAGAGUUAAACGACGGGGUUGAUCCGGAGGCAAAUUGUAGAAUAGAGGUUAAAGUGACUUCAUAUUUAAGUGUGGUAGAUGGAAGACGUGAGUACAAGAAAGGCAGUACUAUUGGUUGGUGGGUUGAUCCAGAGGAGUAUGCCAUCGUCGAAUUGGUGAAGGAUGUGCAAACUUACUAUCAGUGGGCAGAUUAUCAGGAUACAGAGUUCUGGUAUGUUGGUGAGGGCAAUGACUAUGUGAAGUUGUGCAAUGAUGCUGAGCUUCUAUGUUUGCUUAGAGCUUCCAGGAAAGUGACUUUUGAGAUGAAAGUUGUAGGAGAGCAGCACAUGAUUGAAACAGAACAUGUUGAGCAGCAUGUUAAUGACAUGCAACUUGCAGUAGUUACUGACAAUGGAAUGGUUGAACAGGCUGUUGUUGUGAAUGAGGAGAUGUGUGAAGGCGAUGAGCUUUUGAAAGAUCCCGUAUUUGGACAUACCGUAGCUGGUCCGAGUAGAGUAGAUGAGGAAGAAAUAGAACACUAUAUGAUAGAGGGUGUUGAUCCUGAAGGAGAUGAGCCAGCAGGUGCCAAUGAGGAAUGGAGAUACUUCCAGAAAGGGAAGAAGGUUGCUGACAAGGCAAAGGAUAAAGAAAAGGAGAAAGCAAGAGAGAAGCAGACUCCAAAUCCUGAGGCUGUGCCUAGUGAUGCGGGAAAGGAACAAGACCAUGAUCCUGAGGCUGUGCCUAGUGAUGAGGCAGUUCUUGUUGCUUCAUCUUUCGUCCCUAUCACAACCUUCGAUAGGGACAAUCCAAAGAUAGUGGAAGGAUCCACAUUUCCUGACAAAGAUGGUUUUCUCAUGACUUUUAGGCAGUUCUGCAUCAAAAAUGAAUUUGAGACAAAGCUUAAACACAACGACAAAGAAAGGUACAGAGUUGUUUGCAAAUUUGCUGGAUGCCCGUGGAAAAUACACGUGAAGAAGUUACUUGGUUGUGAAACUUUCAGGGUUGUCCAAAUUGGUCCUAGGCAUUUAUGUACUAGCACUAGUAAGGUGACCGGCAAAGAGGCAACUGCAGCUUGGAUUGCUGACAGGGUGAAAAAGAUGUUACUAAAAAAUGCAGCACUUGGUGCCAAGACCUUGAAAGAAAGGUUGGAAGGUCAGUACAAUGUAACUUUGUCAUACAGCAAGGUCUGGGAAGGCAAGAAGUGUGCACUAAAGGACAUCCAGUGCACCUGGGAGGAUAGUUUCAAGUUGCUUUGGAAUUGGAAAGCAGCAGUUGAAGCUGCUUGUCCGGGUAUUGCUCAGCACGCUCGAUCAGCUCAGCAAGAUGCAUCUUGUAUUGCUCCUCCCACUUGA